CUUUUCAAUUUGUGGUUUUGUUGACGAUGUGAUUCAUGAUCACGUCCUAGGCCUACAGAAUUUCAUUCUUCAUUGAACUAUUAUAGUUUAGUUCGAAGUAAGCUUUGCAUAUGUUUCACAGUAAGCAUCUGUCAAAACGAUGUCAGUGUUUACAGGUGUUAGCCCAAACCCAAUGAACCAAGGGCCAGCACAACGUCCUGAGUUAUAUGAGGAGGUGAAGUUGUACAGGAAUGCAAGGGAGCGAGAGAGGCAUGACAACUCUGCAGAACUUUUUGCUGUUAUUAACACAAUGCAGUAUUUAGAGAAAGCCUAUAUCAAGGAUGCUGUCUCACCGAAAGAGUAUACUGCUGCUUGCUCUAAACUACUAGUGCAAUACAAGGCUGCCUUCAAGCAGGUUCAGUCAGAUGAAUUUAAGACUAUCGAUGAGUUCAUGAAAAAGUAUAAGAUGGACUGCCCGGCAGCUCUUGAAAGGAUUAGAGAGGAUCGACCAAUUACAAUAAGAGAUGAUAAAGAGAAUACUAGUGAAUGCAUUGCUCAUAUUGUGUCGCUAUUCAUCACUGUGAUGGACAAGUUGAGGUUGGAUAUGAAAGCGGUUGAUGAGAUUGAGCCUGAGUUACGAGAGCUGAAUGAUACCAUGAACCGAAUGAGCUCCCUACCAGCUGAUUAUGACGGAAAGGAGAAAGUCGCUAAAUGGCUGAAAACCAUGGGCAGUAUGAGGGCAUCGGAUGAGUUAGAUAGCGAACAGAUUCGCCAAAUUCUCUAUGAUCUUGAGUCGGCAUACAACAUGUUCAUCCGUGGGCUUCAGUCCAAGUAGGCUGUCAUGUGGAAGAUGUAGCUGAUCAGGAUUUUUUUUUUAUAAGAAAUGGUCGGCACAGUUUAAAUGGAGCUGUGGCUUAGUGGCCCCCUCACAUUUCAAAAGUUGUUAGUUCGGUCCUGUAAAGCAGCAGCAAUUUUUCUCAAAGCUUGACUCCAGACGAGUCAUGUGAUCGCUGAUUGGAUUUAUCUUUUAAUUUUUUUUUUCGUUUGGGGAAUUUUUACUUCCAGUGCCUAGUGCAAUCACCCUUGCAUAUAUUUUUUUUUCAUCUUUAACAUUUAUAUUAAUUCCAGCAUUAUUGGAAGAUAAAUCUUAUGUAUAUUAUAAUAUAAUGUAUAAUAAAAUCAAUCUGCAUACAACUGUGUUUCGUCCUUUACGGACCCAUCAGUGCAGCUCAGAUUUUUGAGAUUGAAUAUUAGCUAUGAAACAAGCAAGCCUGUAACAAGGUAGUUUCAAAGCAUUCAUUGUACGGUCCUAAGAGUGCUCAAACUACAUAAAGUUAUUAUCUAAAAAAUAUUUAUGUAAUCACUGGUAAUUUAAAAUCAUUUUUCAUAUCAUGUAUAUAAGAAUAGAUUCAUUUUGUAUUGAAUUGAAAUAGCAUGUAAGGUCAUCAACACAAUAUAUUAAACUGUUCUUAAAUAGGUGUUCAUAGAUAAGUGCUAUGAUAUGUGACGUAUUAGAAAAGAGUAUGGAAUUCUAUGCUAUUUGGUAUUUGUAAGACGCGAGACGGCAUGCAUUAACAAGUCUCUAGUCCUAUAAGCAAAUUCAAUGGAAUGUUGAAAUAAGAUACGAGUUUAUGAACGAACUUAUGAUCAAACGGAUAUUGAGUUAGAUUUCAUAAAGGGUGUAGUUGCAUAGAACAUGAAAAAUAGUGCAGAGUCUAUAAUUAUAGUCCUACAAUGUAAGCUUCUGUGUUAUUAAAGAAUAGAUUUAAGUACAGUA